GCCAGCAUGGAGCUCUGCAGAGCAGGAGGCAUGUGGUUCGUCUUUGUGGCAGGGAUUCUCCUCGCUUCUCCCCAGCCGAGCAGCUCCUGUCCCAGCCGGUGCCUGUGCUUCCGGACCACGGUGAGAUGCAUGCAUCUGAUGCUGGAGAACAUCCCCACGGUGCCACCCCAGACUACUAUCCUAGAUUUACGGUUCAAUAGGAUAAAGGAUAUUCAACCGGGUUCAUUCAGACAUCUAAAGAAUCUUAACACCCUGCUUCUAAACAACAAUCAGAUUAAACGGAUCCCAAGUGGAGCAUUUCAAGACCUAGAGAACCUCAAAUACCUCUAUUUGUACAAGAAUGAAAUCCAAUCCAUUGACAGGCAAGCUUUUAAAGGACUUGCCUCUCUAGAGCAACUGUAUCUUCAUUUUAACCACAUUGAAACUCUAGAACCAGAAUCUUUCCAUCAUCUUCCCAAGUUGGAGAGACUGUUUUUACAUAAUAAUCGAAUCACUCACCUUGUACCUGGCACUUUCAGUCAGCUGGAAUCUAUGAAAAGACUGCGCUUGGAUUCCAAUGCUCUUCACUGUGACUGUGAAAUUCUUUGGUUGGCGGAUCUUUUAAAGAUCUACUCAGAAUCUGGUAAUGCUCAGGCGGCCGCUACUUGUGAGUUCCCACGAAGACUCCAGGGCAGAUCUCUCUCCACCAUUACACCGGCAGAACUGAACUGUGAACGGCCAAGGAUUACAUCAGAGCCUCAAGAUGUGGACGUUACCUUUGGGAACACUGUGUACUUUACAUGUCGAGCUGAAGGCAAUCCCAAACCAGAAAUCAUCUGGCUCCGUAACAAAAACGAACUGAGUAUGCAAGAGGACGCCCGGCUGAAUCUCCUAGAAGAUGGCACAUUGAUGAUCCAGAAUACUCAGGAGACUGACCAGGGAAUUUACCAGUGUAUGGCAAAAAAUGUAGCUGGGGAAGUGAAGACCCACGAGGUCACCCUUCGAUAUUAUGGGACCCCAGCCAGGCCAAAUUUCGUGAUACAACCUCAAAACACAGAAGUACUUGUUGGUGAAAGUGUCACAUUGGAGUGCAGUGCAGCUGGUCAACCACAACCAAGAAUAACAUGGACCAGAGGGGAUAGGACCCCACUACCCAGUGAUCCACGCAUCACGAUUACGCCUUCCGGGGGAUUGUACAUUCAAGAAGUCAACCCAGACGAUGCUGGGGAAUACACAUGUUUUGCAACCAACACUAUGGAUACUAUUCAUUCAGCAGCUAACAUCAUAGUCCAAGCUAUCCCGCAGUUUACGGUUGUUCCACAGGAUCGGAAUGUUUUUGAAGGUCAUACGGUGGAUUUUCAUUGUGAAGCACAAGGGAACCCACAGCCAGUAAUUGCCUGGACCAAAGGAGGAAACCAGCUGUCUGCUGACAGAAGACAUCAAAUCUUGGCGUCUGGGACCUUACGGAUACUUCGUGUUGCUCUACAUGACCAAGGACAGUACGAGUGUCAGGCUGUGAAUAUUGUGGGAUCUAAAAGUACCUCAGCACAGUUGACUGUACAAGCCAGAGUCACCCCUGUGUUUGCUACUGUGCCCAGUGACAUGACUGUGGAGGUCGGUUCUGAAGUUCAUAUUCCUUGCGUUUCCCAAGGAGAUCCUUUACCUGUUAUAACAUGGAACAAGGAUGGCAUACAAGUAACCGAAAGUGGGAAAUUCCACAUUAGCCCAAAUAGCUACUUGGCUAUCCGUGAUGUUGGCCCUGUAGACCAGGGUCGAUAUGAAUGUGUGGCAAGAAACAGCAUUGGCUAUUCUGUCAGCAGCAUGGUUCUGUCCGUGACAGUUCCUGAAGUCAGCCGUACUGGGGACCCCUUUGUUACUGUAUCAAUUAAUGAAGCCAUCGCCACAGUGGACAGGGCAAUAAAUUCAACAAGGUCCCAUUUAUUCGAGAGUCGCCCCCGAUCUCCAAAUGACCUACUGGCCCUCUUCCGAUAUCCCAGAGAUCCAUAUACAGUGGAACAAGCUAGAGCAGGGGAAAUAUUUGAGCGAACCCUCCAGCUUAUCCAAGACCAUGUUCAGAAUGGUUUGAUGGUUGACCUCAAUGGGACAAGUUAUCACUACAACGAUCUUGUAUCACCUCAGUACCUUAACUUAAUUGCCAAUCUCUCAGGAUGUAGAGCUCACAGGCGGAUAAACAAUUGCACUAAUAUGUGCUUUCAUCAGAAGUACAGAACCCAUGACGGCACCUGUAAUAACCUCCAGCAUCCUAUGUGGGGAGCAUCUUUGACAGCUUUUGAACGAUUGAUAAAAUCUGUGUAUGAGAAUGGAUUUAAUUUACCAAGGGGUGUAGGUUCUGAUAGAUCCUAUAAUGGAUAUCCUCUUCCUUUACCACGCACAGUUUCUACAACUCUGAUUGGUACUCAUACAAUAACUCCAGAUGAACAAUUUACUCACAUGUUAAUGCAGUGGGGACAGUUCCUUGAUCAUGACCUGGACUCUACAGUAGUUGCGCUAAGCCAGGCUAGAUUUUCUGAUGGCCAGGAUUGCAGUUCAGUGUGUACAAAUGAUGCCCCAUGCUUCCCUGUCAUGAUUCCACCAAAUGAUCCACGAGUCAGAAAUAAUGUUCGCUGCAUGUUCUUUGUGCGUUCAAGUCCAGUUUGUGGAAGUGGAAUGACCUCCUUGCUAAUGAAUUCUGUCUAUCCUCGGGAACAGAUGAACCAGUUGACCUCUUACAUUGAUGCGUCUAAUGUCUAUGGAAGCUCUGAUCAUGAAGCCCAGGAGAUCAGAGAUUCUGCAAGUCACAGAGGCCUCUUAAAGCAGGGCAUUGUUCAAAGAUCUGGAAAACCACUUCUACCUUUUGCAACUGGGCCACCUACUGAGUGCAUGAGAGAUGAAAAUGAAAGUCCUAUUCCAUGCUUCUUAGCUGGGGAUUUUCGAGCAAAUGAGCAGCUGGGUCUAACCAGCAUGCAUACAGUGUGGUUUAGAGAACAUAAUAGAAUUGCUGCAGAGUUACUCAGACUAAACCCUCACUGGGAUGGUGACACAAUUUACCACGAGACUCGCAAGAUAGUUGGCGCUGAAAUGCAACACAUAACGUAUGCACAUUGGCUGCCAAAGAUUUUUGGAGAAGUCGGCAUGAAAAUGCUUGGCGAGUAUAACGGUUAUGACCCCAAUGUAAAUUCUGGGAUUCUUAAUGAGUUUGCCACAGCCGCCUUUAGAUUUGGUCACACACUUAUCAAUCCUAUUCUUUUCCGACUAGAUGAAAACUUUCAACCAAUUCCACAAGGUCAUCUACCUCUACACAAGGCCUUCUUCUCUCCAUUCAGGAUUGUAAAUGAAGGUGGCAUUGAUCCUCUUCUUCGAGGCCUUAUAGGGGUUGCAGGCAAAAUGCGUGUUACUUCUCAGUUGUUAAACACAGAACUGACAGAAAAGCUCUUCUCAAUGGCACAUGCUGUAGCACUGGAUUUGGCAGCAAUCAACAUUCAAAGAGGACGUGACCAUGGAAUACCACCAUAUCACGACUUCCGGGUGUUCUGCAAUCUCUCGUCUGUGCACACUUUUGAAGACUUGAGAAAUGAGAUUAAGAAUCCAGAUGUUCGUGAAAAGAUAAGAAGGUUGUAUGGUUCACCUCUAAAUGUAGAUCUGUUCCCUGCACUCAUGGCAGAAGAUAUUAUUCCAGGUAGCAGAUUGGGGCCUACGCUGAUGUGCCUACUAGCUACUCAGUUCCGAAACUUAAGGGAUGGUGACAGGUUUUGGCAUGAGAAUCCUGGUGUUUUUACGCCGGCGCAAUUGACACAAAUCAAGCAGACCUCGCUGGCAAGAGUCCUUUGUGACAAUGGCGACAACAUCACCAGGGUGCAGCCAGAUGUGUUCAGAGUAGCUGAGUUCCCACAUGGGUACAUCAACUGCAACCAGAUACCCCACAUGGACCUGCGGCUCUGGAAGGAUUGCUGUGAAGACUGUAGGUCGAGAGGGCAAUUUAGCUCUUUUUCUGGUCACUUCAGAGGUAAACGCUCCACAGAACAUAGCUAUAAAGAGGAAACACCCCAGGAAGACCUUAUGACCAAUGAUGUUUCUUAUUCUCCAAGUGAUAUGAAUGCCACUUUAAGCACUGAACAGCCAAAGAAUAUGCCACUUGUCAGCGACUUUAAGGAUUUUGUUCUUGACAUGCAAAAGACAAUAACCAGCCUAAGAAAACAGAUCAAAAAGCUAGAGUCGCGGGUAAGCAGCACAGACUGCACUGAUGAAACUGGAAGGACACGCACCACUAACGACAGAUGGGACAAAGAUCCUUGUACAAAAUGUCAAUGUAAAGAUGGGUCCAUUACAUGUUUUGUGAAAACCUGCCCCACUGCUCCAUGUUCAGCACCAAUUAGAAAGGAAGGCACUUGCUGUCCAGUCUGCACAGUUACAGCAGAGACCACAUAACACUCCGUAUUUCCGUGAUUCUGGAGAGCAAAACUCAUCCAAUCCAGGGUUACAGCAGACAUGUCUACACUGCAUUUUAUUUUUGCAUUCACAGUAUUGUACAAUUGUAUCUUUUUCCUUUUAUACCUAGUUACGCCUAGAAUGGUCUAUUUUAAAGGGAAGUAUAUAAAGCAUUGACAGGAUAUUAACAUUUGUGUCAGCCAUAUUUCAUUGGUUAACGCUUCUCAGGUUGGGUAUACAAACUGGUGCUA